GGAGGGAGGGGGGAGCCGCCCCCCAGCUCUCGCUUCUCCUACAGUUUCUUCCAGUCUCAGUGCUCAACUCCGGCGAGGCUGGAGCGCGGCGCGGGGCUGGGCAGGGCGGGAGCCGGGCGGGCUCCGCCGCCUGCUCCCGAGGCGCCUCUCCGCAGCGGAGGCGGCGUGGAAGCGGCACAAGUGCACGGCGCCCUCGCUGCCUCUCUCCUUCUGAUGCCCCUUCGCGACUGCCCGCCAGCCCGGCGGUGGCGGCUCCGGGAGGAUGCGGCUCUUCCUCCUCGCUGCAACUUUCUGGGGAUUGUGCCUGGCUCCAGGGUUGGGUUUGCAAAUACAGUGCUACCAGUGUGAGGAGUUCCAGCUAAAUAAUGACUGCUCUGCACCGGAGUUCAUUGUGAAUUGUACAGUGAAUGUUCAAGAUAUGUGUCAGAAAGAAGUCAUGGAAAAAAGUUUUGGCAUCAUGUAUCGUAAAUCCUGCGCAUCUUCGGCAGCCUGCCUGAUAGCUUCUGCUGGGUACCAGUCCUUUUGUUCUCCGGGGAAGGUGAACUCUGUCUGCAUCAGCUGUUGCAACACUCCGCUCUGCAACGGACCCCGGCCCAAGAAGAGAGGGAAUUCUGGCAUGGUGCCGAGGGCGCACCUGAUAACCACCGUUCUGCUCGUUAAAUUGGCUCUGUUGGUUUUGUAUUGCUAA